UUUCAGUGUCGGAAGAACCCUGUUCGCACUGACGUAACACGAUCGUGUCGGACAACCCGAGCGCUUUCCGAUGAGCUUACUCCUGUGGAUGCUGCUGCUGUUCGUGGGCUUCGUGGCGGCGCUAGCCAGCAGCGCCAAACUGCGAAAAAACGCCUUCAUUUGGUUCUCAUACGUAACCAUCACAGGCUGGUAUUACUGCCGUGUGCUGCACAAAAAAUACGUGGGCAACAGCGACAACAAGGCUGGUGGCGCAUCGCCACCCCCGAGCGCCAGUGGAACUAACAAGAAAGAAAUGAUCUCCCCAUCGCGAGCCGCCGAGGGCCGGCGCGAUCCGGACUUGGUCUACUUUGAGUCGCGUGAGGUGGUCGAGCGGCGCCAGCAGCAAGACAGAAUCGAGCGCAGCGGAGUGUUCGAACGCUCAAGCCGCAUGAGUGAUUCAGGGUCGAGUGGCGGCUCAGAUGUCGGCGAUGCGACUCCCAGUAAGCGUAAGGGAAUCCUUCUCCACAGCCGUCGCAAGGUUGCGGCGGAGGAGUCCGUGAGACGCGUGAGCGAUGCCAGCUCCGCGGAUCUGCUCACCAACUCGGGCGUGUCCGAGGCCAACGACCCCACCACGUCCACACGCAACACACGCAACGGCGCCACUAGAAGAACGUAUACUGGGCGGAAGAAGCCUGAGUCUUGGGCGGAUUAAUUAGCUGGCUAAGGCAAAGUUGCGGACCGAAGCACGAGGGAAGAGAUGUAAAACCAAAGAAAAAUUGUAUGGUCA